GAGGUGAGAUGCAAUGGUCCCAUAAGUAAAACUGAGAACAUGGUAUGACGCAGUGAGAGAAGAAAUUGGAGGGUAUCAUCAUUCAUUCAUCGGCCGAGAUGUCUAUUUGUACGUUCAUACCAUCACCAGUAUCUCAAUUCCUUACGUUGUCGUUGUCGUCGUCGUCUAAGUCCAGCUCCGCGCCUUCCAAAACUCCGGUACCUCGGAUUUCUGCCUCUGCUGAAGUUCCUGACUUCCUCUCUGCUGAUUGGCUCGAAUCUCGCAGGAAAAGGCCUUUUGGUCCCCGAUUAAGUUUUAGUGCAGAAGAAGCUGUCCAGCACCAACUGGAUGCUCUCAAGUACAAUGACCAACCACGCCAAGACUAUGGUAUCGAGGUCAUGUAUAGGUUCGCUGGAUUUGAUCCAUUUGAAAGGUCUACGUAUUUUGGGCGCUUCUUUGAUUUGGGACAGUUUGAACGGUUCAGGAGGAUAUUCCACCAUUCAACGUACAGAGUUUUACUUGGUCACCAAGAAAGGAAGAUCUUGAGCAGUCUAUACCCAAAGGAGUUUUCAGUUGACAUCACCAUCAGCAGCUAAAAUCAUAAAUGUUCGUGAAACAGAACUGCUAUAAGCAAAGGCUUUGGGUAAGAGGAGCUCGACCUGAGGAGGAAGAAAUCUUCCAAUUUACCAUGGUUCAGCGAGUGGGUGGUUCAUGGGAUGGCUAUUGGUUGACAGAGUCACUACUGCAUGAUGGGGAUUCAGAUUGUUUCUCUGGUGGCUUGGCUUAUUAAGUCGUCGAGUCUGCUGUGAAGUCAACUUUCUGUGGCGGCGAAAGGAAUCAAUUGUGUACAAAAUUUUUAGAUACUCAGAAAAGCAGUUUUCAAUAUGGAUUGUAAAGCUCGUAGAUAUGUACAUUGUACAGAAGAAAGCUUGGGGUACCUUUCUCCCUCGUAAUAGUAGAAUUGGGAAUAUGGAUUUGCCAAUGUAAUUCUUUACAGUUUAUAAUGAUUUUUCUUUAAACGUUAAUGAGUCCAUUUUGAAUUUCAUCGCCA